AUGGAGGUCCUAACGACCCUAGUUAGGAAGGAAAAGGAGAUUAGUGAAUUACGGGGGUUUAGAGUUAAUGAAGAAGUAGAAACUGAUAUAUUUCAAUUUACGGAUGACACUAUCAUAAUAUUGGAGGGAGACACCGCUAACUUAUGGAGUAUGAAAGCAACUUUUAGGGGGUUUGAGUUUAUGUGGGGAUUGAGGAUAACUUUCAACAAGAGAUAUCUUUAUGAAAUUAAUGUUGGAGAUUGGUUCUUAGAGGCGGCAUCGACAUUCCUCACUUGUAGAGUUUGUAGAUUUUCAUUUAAGUUCCUUGGUGUGAAAGUAGGUGGCAAUCCUAGAAAUCUUUCAAUGUGGAAAGAUUUAAUCUCUUUUUUAAGAAGGCGGUUGGCCGAGUGGAGAGGUAAGAAUCUAAAUAUAGCGGGUCGAGUGGUGUUGAUUAAUUCGGUGAUAAAUGCUAUACCCAUAUAUUCUUUAUCCUUCUAUAAAGCUCUGUCAAAGGUGAUUCAAGAGAUUCGGUCAAUUCAUAGUAGGUUCCUUUGGGGCGGAAGUGAGUCUAAAAAAUCGUUUCAUUGGAUAUGUUGGGACACUAUUUGUAAAUCUACAGAAGAAGGAGGGUUAUGUGUUAAAAAUGUGGAAAUAAUGAAUGCGGCGCUAAUUAGCAAGUGGAAGUGGAGAAUUUUGUCCGAAAAAGAAGCGGUUUGGAGUGGUAUUCUAAAAGCUAGAUACGGAAAUGUGAAGCUUAAGGUUUUAAUAGGCGACAUCUCAGUGGUGGGGAAGAAAGAUUCUAUAUGGUGGCGUGACGUUUUGGUGUCUGAUAAUUAUGUUCUUUUGCAAGAUAAACACUUUGCAGGUGCGAUUGAUUGCGAGGUUGGAAACGAAGAGGAGAUUCCUUUCUGGUACGUGUGCUGGGCGGAUCAACAGCCGGUUAGGGAGGCGUUCCCGAAGCUAUUUCUUGCGGCUGCUAAUCACUUGCAGUCCGUUACACAAGCUGGGCAUUAUGAAGGUGACGACUGGAUGUGGGACAUUAGCAGCCUGUUCGCUACUGGCAGUGUUCUGGCCGAAGAUGUGUUGCAGGAGCUGCGGCUCAUUCUGAUGCAGUAG